AUGUCGGACGUACAACUAAGAACAUCUGUCAGUAAGAUUCGCCAAGUUUUGGCUCCUGGUUUGGAUGAAUCUGCUAGUAUAGAAUACCAUUCUAAAAACAUCGAAGAAUCGAUUAAACAGAUCAUUCGCACUUCUAUAUUGGUAGUUGAAUUGAAUGAUAAUGAGUCUUUAGAUACACUGGAUUCAUCCAUCAAAGAAUUAUUGGAUGCUAAACAAAGACUACUAUUAUUGAAAAAUGCCAUUGACGAUUUAGAUUCUGACGUUAAGAGAAAUCUUAAUUUCUUAGAGACAUCCAGCAUGCUAGAUGUGUAUACCCAAAAAUUCAAAGGAUUGCUUCAAGAUUACGAAAAUAAAUCAGACUUUGAAAAGUACGGGAAUGAGGAUGAAUACAUCGAAUUCCGACGUACCAUUUGGCAUGAACAAAACCUUGAUGGGAAAGCAUUCCCGCCAAUGCGAUUCUUUUUCGAACCAAAUAUUCAACAAGAUGCGGAAGAUGAUGAUAUUGUUAUGUCUUCUUCAACCAUCGAAACUCGGUGCCCAUUGACUUUACAACCGAUAGUUCAUCCUGUUAUAUCCAAAAAGUGUAAUCACUACUAUGAGAAGGAUGCCAUAUACUCUUUAGCUGGAACGAGUGGAUGUCGUUGUCCAGUCGUUGGAUGCAAUUCUCAAUUGCGAAAAUCAGACCUAAAAGAAGAUCCUGUUCUUGAAAGGCGGUUACGUCGAGUUCAAGAAUUAACCAGAGGGGACUAG